UGUUUGAUACUUUCACACUGCAGUAAAUUUUGUCCUAUUGCUUGAAUCAUAGAAAAACACGCGUCCGUACAAUACGAUGUUUUUGCUGAACUAAUUUAAAAUUUAUACAAGACCGUAAACGUGCACAUAUUCCGCACGUGGUUACAAACAACUUUGUACACAGUUUUCUAAAUAAUAUUAAACACCUAUGCAGUAGCACGUUAGAUGAUUAUAUCACAAUGUUGGUAUGGUAGAAUAUUUUCAUAUCUUUUUGUUUUAAAGCAUCUUGAGUGUUAACUCUAAUGUAUGUUUUUAGUUUCAAUAAAUAAAUCAAUACGUCAAUUCUUCCCCAUGAAAUGUACAAGAACACCACACCCAGGACUCCACUAUCACAAGGAAUCCUUUCUAAGACUACAAACGACACUUUGAGUGAAAUUGACACAACGUUAACAUCGAAUGGUCAUGUGAUAUCCCAAGGCAUUAAGUCACCUUUCCAUAAUGAAGACAACAAAGAUACACCUAGACAAAUUACUCCAACAAAAUCAAGACCAGCUAGUCGACCUAAAUCUUUCACAGAACUUUCUCUUUCCGAUGUCGAACACGAAAGUCGACACAACACUCCAAAACCCAGAUUACCUCGUUUAACACAAGAAGUUGUGGUUGUCGAGACAAAUCCAGAUAAUUUACAUGAAAGCGGUGAAGUGGAAACAAGAUCUUUUACUGCGCAAUCACCAGCUAGAGUUGUAUGUCAUUCCCCAAUACAGGAAAGAGAUGGAACCGUUCCAAAUAACGAAUCAAUUCGGACAAAACAAUCCAAGAAAUCAUUAUCAUUUGAUGAGAACAACAUUAGUAACGUUAAAGAUUUAUCCACUGGAGCUGGCAAGAAAAAAAAGAAGAAGUUCGUACCUGUACAGUCUCGAUAUAAACAACAGUCAAGUAAAAAGGCAGAAGAUGUAAAGUCAAAGUCAUUGGAGAUUAGUGCUAUAACACCUCAUCCCAAUGUACAGACUUCAGCAGGGGCGCAAAAGAAGUCAAGAGUAACGUCCACGCCCUUCUUGAUGACGUCAAUGUAUGAAGGACAACAUGCCGAUGGCAGCAUAUUAGAUCAGACUCGUUUUCAAACAAAAGAGCCUGCCAUAAAGGAACCCAUGUUAAAAAAGAAGUCAAAGAAAGAUGGAAAAAGAAAAGAAACUGGGAAAGAAUCAAUCCGAGAAGUCAGGCAUAACGAAAUUGAUGGAUUGACGUUGGACUUACAAUACGCAAGACUUCUUCAAAUGACUUAUCUUCACAUGAAGGCAAAACAAACGUUUGAUAAACAAGAAGAAAAAGCAAAGGCAGAAAUUUAUGGACUAUGGGGAAUCAACCGUAAAAUUGAGAAAGAAAUUGAAGCGUUGACAUCGGCGGUUAACACAAUGAAGUUAGAAAUGUCUAUUGAUCAACUACUCGACAUGCAGAUGGAAAGGUCGAAACCAUUAAGCAAUAAAUUAUCAAAGAUGAUUUUAAAAUCUUCUCGAUUAGCAGAAGCAUUGAUGGACACGACUCAUUAUCUGCCCACGAACAAUAUCAUUAAACCUGAGAACGAAGAAAAAGUGUUGGACGCACUCGAUGAAAGCAAAAGACUUUUGUCGGAAAUUUAUUCGCUUACUAGAAAGUAUGAACCCAACAUCGAAAAUUUGGCAUCUACGUCCGAAGUUCUCAUGAAAACUGUUAAAACAGAAGUCAGUGAACAAGCGAGAUGUUCGGAAUUGUUGGCUGCUUGUACAACACGACUGAAUCAUGAACGUUCUCUACAAGUUCAGCUGCUGGAGAAUACGUAACGUUAGUUGUGAGACUCACUUGUAAAACGGUUUGCGCGUUACUUGUCCUUCUUUUUAUAAAGAAGUCCGGUACAAAUUUAUCGUCGUAGUAUCAAAACGUGUGUGAUGUCUGCUUAUGGAGAGUGCAGAAAAUCUGAGGAGGUUUCCUGGUCAUAAUACCGAAAAUUUAUCGUUGCUGACAAAAUUUACACUAAGCAUUCAAUAAACAUUGGAGAGAAUUGCAUGAACAAGCGAUUUUUUUAUCUUGACUGUUUUGUAUAAAUGCAUAUAUUAGUUGUAAAAAAUAUACAGUUAAAAAUUUUCAACUUAUGAACAAACAUAAAAAAUAAUGUAUAUAAAA